CAAACUAAAAUCACUUUAUUCCUGAAAUAAUCUAACGGCCGCCGGUCCAGACAGGAACAUCCCGGUGAGGUUGGUCCAGAGGAAACCUUGGACGCGGUCAGGGCCGAGCGUGAGGGACGGACCCGAUGCAUAAGAUCUGAGAGGUCAACAGUGAUCUGAUCUGUGCGUCCAGCUCAGAAACAAGAGGACAGGUGGAGAAAUGAGCAGCAGUUUUAGAUUGAUUAGAAAAAACGGAAAGGUUUUGAUUUGAUUUAAACACUUUUUCAUUUAGUUUAACGUUUGAAAUCUUUCAGUAUUUACCUGCCAGGUUGUUUAAUCUGUUUACCUGCACUGAGUUUAUGAAAGGAACACAUUUUGCUGAACAAUCUGAUUUUCCCAUCAAUAAAACAUUAACCAGUAUUGAUUAUCCGUUGCCGAUAAGGAUCAAUAAAUUGCAACACGUUGGACUCGUUCAACCCGGACCUUUGCUCCCAGAGGUCCAAAGCUCGGAUCCGGACUCGGAUAAAACCCGGAGCGCUCCAGAGCUUCGGCACAGAGUCUCCUGUCCUGCAGUCGGUCCAGGUCUCUCAGUCCUCAGUGAAGAUGAAGUCCAGUUUGUUCCUGGUGGCGGUGCUGGUGUGCGGUCUGGUCAGCGCUCAGCAGGGCGGUCUGCCUGAGCGGGUCCAGAAGCUGGAGGCCGACAACGACGUCCUGACCAAAUCCAGGGUGGCGUUCUCCGCCGCUCUCUUCGACACCAACGACUGGACCGCCAAGGGCCCGUUUGAGGCUGAUGAAACUCUGGAGUUCAAGAGAGUGAUCACCAACAUCGGCAACGGAUACGACCCGGCAACAGGCGUCUUCACCGCCCCGGUCAAAGGUCUCUACUACAUCCRGGUCACUGGAAUCGCCGGUCCRAMCGGUGAGCUGCACGCYGGGCUGAWGAAGGACRGACUGAACAUGUUCGCCAUCUACCACAAAGCAGGAACCCAGGCCGGCGCCUCCAACGCCAUGGUGCUGGCUCUGGAGCAGGGAAACCGGGUCUACGUCCAGCUGUGGGCCGGGAAGACCAUCGCUGACCAGGGCCGCCUCAGCACCUUCACCGGGUUCCUCGUCUUCCCCAUGUAGAUGAAGGUCACCAGCUGCAGGACGUCUGCUGGACGACUGUCAAAUUAAGAGCACUGAUGAAUAAAAAUGCAAUCUGCAGAUCUGUGAAAGAAAAAAACUCCUGAAACCAACAGGCUGCUUGUUUGUUUUUUUCUCAAAUCUGUUGAAUCCUGUGAGAAAUCAGUCAGAAAGAAACAUGUUCAAUAUUUUCAGUCUUUAAAUGUUGAAACAGAUAAAAUGUGAACCAAACAGAAAUGCUUGGAUUGGAUCCCAGGAGGCUGUUUGUUUGCUUCCUUUGGUUGGUUCAGCAGGUUAUCGACUCGUUUCACAGUCAGAACCGUUAACGUCCAACAGAGAUGGGAAGAAAAUCAAUCACCUCUGAUGGUGGGAAAAAGUUUCCAGACGGCCAUCGGGCUGACCGGGCUGAUGUUCUGACGGUCAAACCCAUUCAGAGGUUCUUUUAUUUACUGUAUGAUCCCAACAACAUCAAACCAGCUGCUUUCCUUCUGGAUUGAAAGUCUGCAGCAGGAAACCACCUUGAAACUCGCGGUUGGUGUAAAGCCGGUUCACUUCGUUACUGUACAUCAAGCUAAUCAUCGGUGAAGCUUUUUAAAGUAAACUAGCUCAGAGUUGUUGCUGUUUUUGGAAUUUUUGAAAAUAUUCUCAUCAGUAGGCUGAAGUUUUCCAAAAUAAAAGCAUAAUAUUCAUGUUUCAGGGUUUGCUGAAACAAUUAAAGAAGAAAACAAGAUAAUGUCUUGAAGUUUGUUCUAAGUCGUUACAAACAUCCUCUGUUGGUGGAGGUUGCAUCAUGCUGUGGGUCAGCCCCAGACCUGGACAGGCAGGCCUUUAAUAUUCAGUUUUUACACGUUAGAUCAUCUCAGUGGACGGGACAGAAAUAAAUAAAACUCAGUGAUCCAAAGCAGAAAUAUUAUGGGAUGUGACGACUUAUAACGAUGUAAAUAAAAUGUCUUUAACGCUCGGACCCGUCUGUGUGGAUAGCAGGGUCUAAUUAAAGCCUCUGAAGUGAA